GAUGAGGAAGCUAGGGGGAACGCGAUGAUUUCGACGACACACGAGUCAGCUGUUUGUUAUCAACUGUACCUAUAAACCGUUAUCAAACUCAAACAAUACAGAAUUAGAAAAGGCUCUGUUGAAAAUUAUUGAAACCGACACCGAGAAGCGAGAUCCGAACAUUCCUGUUGAGUACAUCCUAUCCGAACAGAAUUGAUUCAAAAAGUUAUUUUCGUAAAUAGACCACAAUACAACAAAUUGUAGUGAUGCUCAGUGAAAAUGAAUUCAUCAGAAAAUGAUGCGUAUUGGAAUGAAUCGGUAUCAUCUAAAUUCGAUUUCGAGCUUGAGGAUAGUAAGGGUGGAGAUUUACUAUUAGAAGAUGUUAUCGAUACAUCUGGUUAUUCAAAAAGCAUUCAAGAAUCAACCUACUAUUCAUCUGGUUCACAAAGCUUAAAAGUUGAAUCCAUUUCCAACUACUUAUCGGAACAUUGUAUAAAUUGUAUUUUAGAAGCCAAUUCUGAAAAAAAUGAACUUUCAUUUCACCAUGUACCGAUAGAUGAAGAAGUUGUCUUAUUAAGGAGAAAACUAAAGGAAAGAUGGACCGUUCCGAAAGUACAAGAUACGGUGAAGAAAAUUCUGCUGGAACAGCCGUAUUCAUUGGAAUUAUAUCGUUCGCUCGUGAGUAAAAAGAAUCUGUUGAAAUGUGCCGUAGAAUCUGCGGAUGGCGAUGCAAUUUUAGCCGUCACUGUGUACUUAUCAAAAACGUUGAAAAGCAGUUUAUUUCAUCAGUUAUUAAUUGAUUACCCAGUUGCUGCAUCACAUUUUAUUCAUUAUUUGUACACACGUAGACAAAUGCAAGAACUUAGUGAUAUUUUGGAAGUGAUGGGAAACUCGAAAGAAGCCAUGAUGAAGUAUCUUGUGGUUGCUAGUCAGAAUCCGCAUCGGUUACAACAACGAUUGCGUUUAUUGCUUAAAAAUCCGUCCUUGGAACCGUGGGACCAAAGAAUAAUUGAAGAUUAUAUUAAUUUAGUGGAAUGGCAAAUAUCGGCUAGUAAAACCACUGGCGACCAAAGUAUUAUAGGAGAAUCUCCCGUACAAUCUUUAAAAUUUAGCUGUGUUCGUAAAUUAUCCAUUCCGCUUUUUGGAGAUGACAGCAGUAAGACAGAAUCUCAACAAAAUUAUUUAUCUAAAAAUUUAGGAGUACCGAAAAAAUUAGCUCUAAUGGCCAUCAUACGUGCGAAUGCCGAACUGAAACAGUGGGAACCUAUUGAGCAGUUACUUGUUUCAAAAAAUUGGGUUGGAGGAAAAAAACUAAGCACGAAUUUACCCAUAGAUAAAUUACUUUAUGAAUUACAAAAAUCCGGAGCUCCUGAUUCGUUGCUGAGUAAUGUUUUGUUAGUAUUGGAUGUCGAUAAAAGAAUCGAAGUUGCUCGUAGACUGAGUAUGCAUACAGUCGUUAUUGAGGCGUAUGGAAAGAAAAAAGAUAAAGGAGGUUUAUUGCAGUAUAUGAGUGCAUUAGAUUCUAAUACAGCAGAAUACAUGUUUGGAGAAAAUAUUUUAGGAACUAUGGGCUCCAGAUGGUAAUUUCAAGUGGUUUUUUUUCGAUAAAUUAUAAAUAACUACCUAGAUAUUUUUCUACAGCCCGUUUUUUAAUUUCAGUUAUUUUUCAUUUUCUGUAUUUUAAAUACAAAUAAAAAUUUUCAAUGAAAUAAGAACA